CUUUUAAUUUUUGGGGCUCAGCCAAUCUCAUUUCAGGCCUAAAGCCAAAUGCGAAUUUGGGCCAGCCCCGUCCAUGACCAAAGUCACCCUCUUUCCCUCUCUCCCUCAACUCCCCAACCGAAAUGGCUCCUACACUCUGCAACUCUAAUGUCAUUCCCGCCUUUUCGUCUCUCCGUACAGUCCAGAAGGCUGUUCAUGCUCCACCCCCAACCUUCUUCUUCUCCUUUAGAGUCACACCCUCUUUUGCACCAAUAAACACUAUCGGAUUCACCAGUUUGCGAAUAUCUCAUAGAGCAGCGGCGACACCUAAGUUGCGAGCCUUAAAGGAUGAUGAUGUCUUUCAAGUUGAAGUGUCUCCGAAUGAAGAAUCAGAAACUUCUUCAACCCCUCCUUCAUCUCAAGACAAAUAUGCAGCUAAUGAAUCUCUCAACGAAGUAACUAUUGAUCUAAAGCUUCCUAGGAGAAGUUUGCUGGUACACUUCACUUGCGACGCAUGUGGUGAAAGAACACAGCGCCUCAUAAAUCGAUUGGCCUAUGAACGGGGGACUGUUUUUGUUCAGUGUGCAGGGUGUCUUCAGCACCACAAAUUAGUUGACAACCUCGGCCUUGUGGUUGAGUAUGAUUUGGGGGAGGAUAUGGAGAAAGAUGUGAAUGCAGAUCAAUUGCGACACUGAAAAUAUUUUCAGCAUAUUAUAUGUGAUUUAUAAUGGUUUAUUCCGCUGGAAGUUUCCACUAUUCAGCGAUGGUUUGUACGGCUGAAAAUGGUCAGUGAAUAUGGCUUUUGAUGUGGCUGAUAUGGUUCAGAUUGGCAAGUCCCCCAGUCAGCCAAUUUAGAAUGAAAACUAAAUUUCCACUCAACCAGCCAUGCUUCUCCACUCAAGCUUCAGCUGGGAGCACUUUGAAGAGUUAACUGUAUGUACAAUGUGCCCCAGCCCCUGGUGAGAGUUAAGAUUGUUCAGAUUUGAAUUUUUGGAUGUAUAGUACUGCUUGUGAGUGAUAUAUUAGAUUGCACUGCUUUCCAAUAUUACUAAUUCAUUAGAAUGAACAAAAGAACAUUCCUUAAUCAA